AAAACGCGAAUAUCACCCUGACCAUGGCAAAUCAACUUGUCGACGAAUUGUUUGAUCCUCUCUUGAACCUGGAGGAGUCUUUUUAUAAGGAAGGCCACGAACAAGGCUACAACGACGGUCUCAUCCAAGGCGAAAUCGAAGGCCGCCGUUUCGGCCUCGAGAAUGCCUACCAACGUUUUCGCGACUUAGGCAUCAUCUCUGGUCGCUGCCUUCUCUGGCGCGCUCUCCUCUCCUCCCCCUCUUCCUCCUCCUCCGGCACCGACACUGUCCCCGCUAAGGCAGAGAAGCAACUCGCCAGGCUCGAAUCUCUUCUUGCCCAAGUUCCUAUGGAAAACAGUGAAGGCGGCGACUUUGAUACGCUGUGGCUCAAGAUUAAGAACAAGGCCAAGGUUGUCAGUACGCUUGUGGGAGAGGGUGGGAGAGGGUUAGUUGGUGUUGAUGGGGAGGAGGAUAGGGAUGGGGAGAUUGAGAGUGGGGAGAGGCAUUUGAAGAGAAAGAUUGCUGCUGCGCAGGAGGAGGGUGGGUUGGACUUUUGAAGGAGGGCUUCAACGAGAACUCGCCUAUGAGGAGGUGUCAGGAUGGCAUGGCGCCAACCCACUGCGACGCUCGAGGACAGCAGGGGCCGCUCUGCGAGCUCCGAGUCGCGGGAUGAAAACUCAGAGCAUCUGUAGUGCGUAAGGGAACGGGGUUCUCAUGAAUAUGCUGGAUGCCGGCACCGUGCACGACCAUAUCAAAACGCGAACAACCCAGCC